AUGGUAACGCUGUUAUACAAAGUCGUAAAAGCCAAACGGAUCUUACACAUUUCUUCUACCUUCCUGUUCCCGCAACAGAUCCGCACCGUGUACAUCUACGGUCAACCAAUCAUCUCGCUGUUCGUGGAGAACCAGGAGCGACUCUGUCUGGCCCAGAUAUCCAGCACCCUGCUCAAGGAUUUUAGCUACAAUGAGAUCCAUAACCGUCGGGUAGCUCUGGGGAUCACCUGCAUCCAAUGUACUCCGGUACAGCUGGAGAUAUUGCGAAGGGCCGGAGCAAUGCCCGCCUCAUCUCGUCGUUGCGGAAUGAUCACCCGACGUGAAGCCGAGCGCCUCUGCAAGUCAUUCUUUGGCGAGUGCAGCCAACCGGCUCUUCCGGAAGGAUUCGUCUUCAACGUCUACCACGAAUGCGCUUGGGGUUGUGUCGGAGCCUUCUCCCCUGCCCGCUACAAUAGUUCCCGAGCAAAGUGCAUCAAGUGCACCUACUGUAACCUGUUCUUCUCCCCGAACAAAUUCAUCUUUCACUCGCAUCGGUUGACUCCACAUGACAAAUACGUCCAACCGGACGCAGCCAACUUCAACUCUUGGAGACGCCAUCUGAAGCUGCAGGGCUCUCCGCCAGAGAAGAUCUCCUACGCAUGGGAAGACGUCAAGGCCAUGUUCAACGGCGGCACUCGCAAACGCUACAUUCUAUCGACAGCUCGCAAAUACAGCGCUGCGGCAACUGCUGCAGAAGCCUCGUCCGUUCUACUCGACCCCGGCAAAGAGCCCGUCACAUCCACCAUCUGUGAUCUGUCCACCACGGCAGCAACCGUGGUUACCAAGCAGGAAGCUCCCGAUACGUCCGAAGCACAUCUCAACAGCGGAGACAGCUGCAGUAGCAGUACCAGCCCAUUUGCUCACAUCCCGCAUCUACUGUCGCAACCGAGUGCAGUCAUCCCGAGUUCUUCGGCCAACUCGGUCACAUCACCGAACGCAGCCGCUGCCGUCGUGGCGGCCAAUUCGGCUGCAGCCGCGGCCAGUUUCGGAUUUAAGCUGUCCUGUUUGCAGCCGUUUGCGUUCAAUGGGAUCGGGCACUUCCCUGGGAUGAUGCCCAGCUCGGCUGGAUAUCUGGUGCCACUGCUACGUCCUACCAAUCCGAAGAGCAUUUCGGCAGCAGCGAUGUCGGCUUUCAAGCCGGUAGUCAAGGUUAAGAAGAGGUAUGGUUCGUAUGGGACGGAGAAGAGUGGAAUCACGAACGUUACGUCACUCUGCGGAUUCGAAUGCGACGGAGUUGCAUACUUGGUCUACUUCCUGGGGACGAGGGUUUUGAGUGUGCUGGUUUGUCUAGGAAAUCUUGGAUUUACAAUUUUAGCAGGUCUGUGUGCAGGAACAACGGUUUUUAUUUUAUUAUUGCUAUAUGACUGCGAUAUUGGCGAAGCCUCGAAUAUCCGAGAGUUAAGAUCAGAGACCUUCAACUACAAGGCUCCAAGAACUUCGACUGCCACCUCCAAGAUCUCCAAUAAAUGCUCCAAAACAAGUUACGAGAGCAUCGACUGUUAAUAUCAAAAACUUCGACUGGACGUUCCGUGAGGUUCGACAAAAGACUUCGAAAGCUUCUAGCCACAAAGCUGAGAGCAUCAAACGGAAGCUCCGAUAGCUUCAAAUAAGAGAUCUGAUCUCUCUCCCAGAGCUUCGAUUGGAAGAUCCCAGAGCUUCGAUUGAAUGCUCCCAGAGCAUCAAUUGGAAGCUCCCAGAGCUGCGAUUGGAUGCUCCGAGAGUUUCGAUUGAAAGUUCCGAGAGCUUCGAUUGGAUGCUCCCAGAACGUCGAUUGGAAGCUCCCAGAGUUUCGAUUGGAAGCUCCCAGAACG